UUUAACGCUGCACAGUGGGGACCAAACAUCAGCCUGACGAGCAUCCAAACCAUCCUUUGUCCAGACUGACUGUCUAGUGUGUUUUUGUUCAAAACAGAACAUCCAGGGACUGUUUAGUAGAGGCGCGGCUGCUCCUUUUUCCUCUUUUUUUUUUAGCAGUCUUGCUGGGUGACAAACAGAUGGAGAAGAUGAACCACAGCUCAGCUGAAGCCGAGACCGAGACCAUAGAACCUCUGCGUUACCUCAGUAAAGGCGAGGCGAGCGCCAUUGAGACAGAACUCUUGCGGGACUACAAGUUUGGACAACAGCAGCUCAUUGAGAUCUGGGGACACGCCUGCGCGCUUGCCAUCUCUAAGGCCUACCCUCUCAACUCUUUAGCCAAGAAGCAACCAACAGUGCUGGUCAUAUGUGGGCCAGAGCAGAACGGCUCCAUUGGCCUUGUAUGUGCACGACAUCUGCGCAUGUUUGAGUAUGAGCCCACCAUAUACCACCCAAAGCGAUCGCCUCACAGUCUGCAUCAGGAUUUUACAGUUCAGUGCGAAAAGAUGGACAUCCCUUUCCUCUCUUAUCUCCCUACAGAGGUUCAGCUCAUAAACGACGCUUACAACCUCGUCAUCGACGCCAUGCUGGGCCCCGAGGAUGACAUCGUUGACAUUAAGGAGCCCUAUGCAGGGAUUCUAGUGACCCUCAAGCAGGUCAAGAUCCCCAUAGCCAGUGUGGAUGUGCCCUCGGGUUGGGAUGUGGAAGAGGCAGGUCAGGAUGGGAUAAGCCCAGAAGUGCUCAUCUCUCUGACCGCACCGAAAAAGUGCGCCAUGAGUUUCUCGGGGAAGCAUUUCUUGGCCGGACGCUUCCUGCCUUACGACAUCCAGAAAAAAUAUGAUCUCAACUUACCGGAAUACCCGGGAACAGACUCUCUCAUCGAACUGUAAUGCCCGGGAUACAAUUUGUGAGCGUCUUUUGUUUGGGUCUUACAAAUGAGAAACAAUAAUGUCUCAGUCGUAUCUGCCGUAGGAGGAUUUAGUACCAAUGACCUGGUGGCUUGAAGUCUUUCUGUGUCAGUCUCCACAUAAGAACUGUAGCAUUAUACUUGUUGGAUUUAUUUAAGAAAUGAGAUUUGUUUCACGAACAGAACCGUGUAACUGUUUGUUUUUUAUUUGCAUUAUAGCAAUAUGUUUAUUUCUCAUUUAUUGCCUUUACAAAAACAGUUCUUGUCGUCUAAUAAUAAAAUGUGAAUU